UAAGUUUCCUUCUUUCGGUUUCAGAGGUGCGGUUGUUGUGAGGACGGAGUUGGCUGGAGACCCGACUGUUGUGUUUUAAUUGGCUUCCGAGGCUGGAUGUGUGUGUCCUGCACUGACCCAUUUUCUUGCACAAAGGAGAAGAGGAGCAGUGGCUUUGCAGUGAAUGCUGACUGUGUAGUACUUUUUCAGAAAUAAGGUGUGAUUAACCAAGGAUGACAAUGGAAGAGAUGAGGAAUGAAGCAGAGACAACGUCCAUGGUUUCCAUGCCACUCUAUGCAGUGAUGUACCCAGUAUUCAAUGAGCUGGAACAAGUUAAUUUGUCUGCUGCACAAACUCUCAGAGCAGCUUUUAUAAAGGCUGAAAAAGAAAAUCCUGGUCUCACUCAAGACAUCAUAACUAAGAUUCUGGAAAAAAAUUGUGUGGAAGUUAAUUUCACUGAAUCAUUGCUGCGGAUGGCUAGUGACGAUGUUGAAGAAUAUAUGAUCGACAGGCAAGAACCAGAAUUUCGGGAACUUAAUGACAAAGCACGAGCACUGAAAAAUAUCCUCAGCAAAAUUCCUGAUGAGAUCAAUGAUAGGGUCCGAUUUCUUCAGACAAUCAAAGAUAUUGCCAGUGCAAUAAAGGAGCUGCUUGACACCGUGAACAAUGUUAUCAAAAAAUACCAGUACCAGAACCGCAGGGCACUUGAACACCAAAAGAAGGAAUUUGUCAAAUACUCCAAAAGCUUCAGUGAUACUCUAAAAACCUACUUCAAAGAUGGAAAGGCACUCAAUGUAUUCAUGAGCGCCAACCGGCUAAUCCACCAAACUAACUUGAUACUGCAGACAUUCAAAACUGUUGCUUAGGAGCUGCAUUUGUGAAGCUUUUUAAUGUUCAACCUUCAAAGGUUGACCUUUAUGUAAAUUUAAAUAGUCAGAACUGUAUAAAUUAAAACAUCUAUUUCAAGACUUGAAGGUGUUGAAUAAAAUAAUUGUCAACUUGCACCAUAUUUUUGUAAACAUUGUAGCUAUUCAUGAUUUCUCAGUAAGAAAUAUUGCAUAACUUUUGCUAUAGUAUUCAAUGAAGCCAAAAGAAUUUGCGCCUUAACAUAUCGUAAUGUAACAUUCCUUUGUGUAAAUAUUGGUGUUCUGUUUCGGAAGUUAACUUGCUGGCAAAGAGACAAGUUAUGUAUUUAACAUGAUUAGUGGCAAAUAAAUCUGAAAUUGUAA